AUGGAGCAGCUUCAGGACCUCGAGUACUGCAUUGAUUCCAAUCCCCCAUGGCCUGAAACCAUUUUGUUAGCAUUUCAGAAUUACAUUUUAGUACUCGGCACAAGUGUGAUGAUUCCCACAUUACUUGUCCCCAUGAUGGGGGGUACAGAUGGGGACAAAGCACGGGUUAUUGAGACAUUACUAUUUGUGGCUGGCAUUAACACUCUCCUUCAAGCGCUCUUUGGUACUAGGUUACCUGCUGUCGUAGGGGGGUCUUUUGCUUACAUUGUCCCCAUUGUGUAUAUCAUCCACGAUUCGUCAUUGCAGCAGAUUAAUGAACCUCAUGUAAGAUUUAUACAAACUAUGAGAGCUGUCCAAGGAGCUCUAAUAGUGGCUGCAAGUAUACAAAUAGUUCUAGGCUACAGCCAAGUGUGGGGCCUCUUUUCACGCUUUUUUAGCCCCCUUGGAAUGGCACCUGUCGUUGGAUUGCUAGGAAAUUGUGUUGAAAUUGGCCUGCCGACUCUUUUCUUAGUUAUCGGCUUGUCACAGUACCUAAAGCAUGUUAAGCCACUGAGUGACUUCCCGAUAUUCGAACGUUUUCCUGUACUAGUAAGUGUAGCUAUUAUGUGGAUAUACUCGAUUAUUCUCACGGCUAGUGGAGCUUACCGAGGGAGACCUCAUGCUACUCAACUUAGUUGCCGUACGGACAGGGCAAAUCUUAUAUCCACGGCUCCAUGGUUCAAGUUCCCGUAUCCUCUUCAGUGGGGCCCACCGACUUUUGCAGCUGGUCACGCUUUUGCAAUGAUGUCUGCUGUUCUUGUGUCGAUGGUCGAGUCAACAGGAGCAUACAAAGCUGCAUCUCGUCUUGCAAUAGCGACUCCACCACCUGCCUAUGUACUCAGUCGGGGCAUUGGUUGGCAGGGCAUAGGUGUUUUGCUCGAUGGCCUUUUUGGAACACUCGCUGGCUCUACAGUAUCCGUGGAAAAUGUGGGACUUCUUGGAUUAACUCGGGUUGGAAGCCGUAGAGUGGUUCAGAUUUCAGCUGGCUUCAUGAUAUUCUUUUCUAUCUUAGGCAAAUUCGGAGCUGUUUUUGCAUCUAUACCAUUUACAAUAUACGCUGCAAUAUACUGUGUUCUAUUUGGCCUUGUAGGUUCGGUUGGCUUAUCAUUCCUUCAAUUCACUAACAUGAACUCGAUGAGGAACCUCUUUAUAACGGGUCUUUCGCUUUUCCUCGGCAUCUCUAUUCCUCAGUUUUUUGACGAGUAUUGGUCAUUCACUCGUCGUGGGCUCGUUCACUCUAAUGCUGGAUGGUUCAAUGCAAUCUUGAACACCAUUUUCAUGUCGCCCCCAACAGUCGGGUUAAUCAUAGCCGUAUUUCUCGAUAACACAUUGGAAGUGGAGAAGUCGAAGAAGGAUCGAGGCAUGCCGUGGUGGGUUAAGUUCCGAACGUUUAGAGGCGACAAUCGGAAUGAAGAGUUCUACACAUUGCCAUUCAAUCUCAAUAGAUUUUUCCCUCCCACAUAG